AUGGAUGAAAACAACGAAAACUCAAGAAACAUAAUUAUAGAAAUUGAUUUAGAAAAUCCUUCUCCAAUUUUACAACCUACUUCAAUAAAUAAUCUUUUGAAUUAUGAAGAUCUCACAGAUGGGUCGUUUCAAAAUUUCACUUUAGAUUCUUGCCAACUCUCAAGUGAUAAAACGCAUAAAAUACGUGAAGACCAUAAGCCACAAUCCGUUACAUGCGAUUCCUGCGUAUCCUAUAUUCAAAAGAUAAAUAUGUACAAACAACAACUUGAUUCCAUGGAACAAGAAGCAAUUAAUCGCCGAGAGAAAUUGGCUAAUAGUUAUAAUGAGUUAAGAAAAGUUUUAAACCUUAAAAAAGAAUUAAUCGAAAAGUAUUCAGUGAACGACGAAUCUUCUAGAACUUCGAACUCUGAACCUUUUUCAAGAUCUGCAAACAAAAUUUAUUCGUACGGAGAUUCUGAUGCUGGUCCUAGUAAUCAUUCGAAAAAUGAAAAUCCGAUUGAAUGGUAUAUUUCAUCUGGCCAAAGGCAAACAAAUGUUAAAGACGAAUAUAAGAAAACUUAUCAUCAAGAUGGCGGAAAGAAUAAACUUUAUGCGGAAAAAAACUUGUUAGAAUUUGAUAGUGAUGAAAAAAAUUAA